AAAUUACGAAUUUCAAAUUAAUACUUAUGGUUGUCUUUUUGCUUUGAAUCUGAUCCUCCGUCUAGCAAACUCGUUCCACGCGUAGACGAUUGAGGAGCGAUAAAGAAGCUGUUUUUGACGAAAGACCUCCAGAUUUAGGUGCAAAUGGGUGUGUAUGGAGAAACAUCAAGGAGAGAGAAGCCCAGAGGACGUCAUCAUGGGUUAACUCAGCAGAAAAAGCAAGAGAUCAAAGAAGCUUUUGAGCUCUUUGAUACUGAUGGCUCUGGCACCAUUGAUGCUAAGGAGUUGAAUGUUGCAAUGAGGGCUCUGGGAUUUGAAAUGACAGAGGAGCAAAUUAAUCAAAUGAUAGCAGAUGUAGACAAAGAUGGAAGUGGUGCAAUUGAUUUUGAUGAAUUUGUGUAUAUGAUGACUGCUAAAAUUGGUGAGAGGGACAGCAAACAGGAGCUCACAAAAGCAUUCCAAAUCAUUGACCAAGAUAAAAAUGGGAAGAUAUCGGUUUCAGACAUUAAAAAUAUCGCUAAGGAAUUGGGCGAACAUUUUACCGAUGCAGAGAUACACGAGAUGGUGGAGGAAGCCGACCGCGAUCAUGAUGGAGAAGUUAGCGUGGAUGAGUUUAUGAGAAUGAUGAAGAGAACUUCGUAUGGAUAUUAGGCGAGUUUGAGCAUAUUAGGCUUGGAGGUGUCACUUUUCCCUUUGAUCAUGUCAUGUAUGAUGUAUAAAAUCUAUUAUACUGAAUGGUUAACAAUGGCUUUUUUUUAAACAUUGGUUAAUGUGAUGUUUGGAUGAAUGAUGUUUAAAAUGUAUAAACGAAAAUGAUAAGACCCUUGGGAAAA